UGCUUGUGUUAUCCGAGAGCAGCCUUCAAGUCUAAACAGGUGCAUAAUGAUGUUUUUUCCUUAUUGCUGCUUAAUGAUAUUUUGCUGUGUGCAUCACGUGACACUUCAGGAUGAAGAAAACAUACCUCCUAUUGCCAAGUAUUUCAACACCAAAGGGAGGUAUGAAGACGUGAACCCAUAUCUCAGACAGGACAUACUCGCUGUAAACAGAUCUUCUUUACAGCCUCCAUCCUCGCAGUGUCGGGAAAUCCAUCUGACGGCCAUCGUAAGACACGGGACGAGAUAUCCGACGGCCAAAACCGUCAGGGACAUGCAGCGGCUGCACAACAUCGUCCUGAAUAAUUUCACAGAGGAGCAGAGCUGGCUGCGAGACAUCCUGACCCAGUGGACGAUGUGGUACACUGAGGACAUGGACGGCAGACUGGCCCAGAAAGGCGUGGAGGAUCUGAAGCAUCUGGCCGUCAGGCUGUCAAAGCUCUUCCCGACGAUCAUCUCUGAGGAGAAACUUCGAGGUGGACUCUUUAAGUUCAUCACCAGCUCCAAGCACCGGUGUGUGAACAGCACGCUGUCCUUCAAAGCAGGGCUGACGGAGUUGUGGGCCAUCACAGAUGUGGAGUUUGGCCACGAAGUAAAUGACGCUCUCAUGAGGUUCUUUGACCAUUGCACCAGGUUUGUGCAGGAAGUUGAUAAAAACUCAUCAGCUGUGAUAGAGGUGGACAAGUUCAAGCAGGGGCUGGAGAUGAUGAGGGUCCAGAAGAAAAUUGCAGAGCGUCUGGGAAUCUCAUCCAGUUUAAUCACAUAUGAUUUGGCCGAGGCAGCAUUUCUCUUGUGCACUUAUGAACUUGCUGUCAAGGCAGUAAAGUCCCCCUGGUGUCUACUCUUUGAUAAGGAAGAUGCAAAGGUUAUGGAGUAUGCAAGUGAUCUGAGGGAGUUCUGGAAAAGAGGUUAUGGUCAUGACAUCAACAGCAAGUCAAGCUGCCCCCUCUUUCAUGACCUGUUCAAUCGACUGGACAAGGCAGUCAGAGAAAACACGUUACAUCAGCAGGUCAGCGAAGCGGUGACUGUCCAGAUCGGCCACGCAGACACCCUGCUGCCAUUGCUCACCCUGCUCGGCUUUUUUAAGGAUGUGGUCCCGCUGACAUCAGCCAACUACGCCUCGCAGACUCAACGCUCGUUCCGCACCAGCCGCAUGUUGCCUUACGCUGCCAAUUUCCUCCUGGUGUUGUACGACUGCGGAGAGGAAGGCAUCAGGCUGCAACCUCUGCUGAACGAGAAGCCUUUGACCUUCCCCGGUCUGACUGAUCAGCAGGCCUCCAUGCCGCUCUAUGAAGAUGUCCGACAGCACUACAGAGAUCUUCUCAGCGGCUGUGACUUUGAGGCCAAAUGCCAACGUCUCAAAAAUCCUGCUGAAGUUUAGUGCUGUUUUCAUUGUCUUUUAGAAAAAAUAAAGAUAAACAUCUGGUGAAAUCAACUGGUCUGAGCCAAACUGGGAAGAAUGGAACAUCUAAUAUUAGGGUCAUACUUUUUUGUUCCAUUUAAUACAAAGACUGGGAUAUUUACCAAGCUGUGAGCUUUUGCUAAAAACUACAACAGUCCAUCUCAUCUUUAUAAUUACCAAUCUGAACAUCUAAUGAAGCACAGAACAUGUGCCGUAAUGUAAAAAUGUUAAGGAUGUUUGGAACGAUUUAAGACAUUGUUUUUGAAAGUUUGCGAUCUGCUUGAGCUCACCAAAGAAACCAUAUUAUUUGUUUGCUUUUAGAAAACUGAUAUUGCAGGGAAUGCUUGUCAAAUUCGUAUUAAACAAAGUGUCACAGGGGGCGAGGGAGGCAGAGCACACAGAGGACUAGGAAAAAUAUGUAACACUGAAGAAUAGCUGCACUAAAUAAACACUGUGACUCGAGCAACUCAGAAUAACUGGGAACAGAAACACGCAUGACCACAAACACUAGGAUGAACUGAACAAAAGUAAAGAUCAAAAUCCAAUGAAACAACACCAGAU